AUUAUAACCAUUACACCUUCUUUAAACUUGAAUUAAUUAAACCAAAAUAAUAUAUUUCAAAAUUUAAAUUACACCAAACGACACAGUAUUAGCUGAUUCUAAUCAGACACAACUAGGCUAUGGUCUGUAACCAUUUCUCUUCUUCCCCUGGCAAGCAAAGCCAACUAACGGAGUGAAGAGCGCUGCAACCGAAGACGACCGCCACGCAAACCAAUCAACCAUGUCACAAAAAGUAGUAGUAGAAGAAGAAGCUGUGAUCAAUUUGAAAUCCCAAAUAGCUUCUCUCGAAAACAGAGUCAAGGAAUUGGAGGCUGAAAAUGCUAAAUUAUCCGCUCGACUCUCAAAUUGUCGCUGCAAUGAGACAGAGGAGAAGCUUGAUGGAAGAGAGAGUGGGGAAGUAAAUCCUGGAGGGCAUGAGACUGCUAAAAAGAAAGCAAGAGACAAAAUUUCAGGUUAUGACACAAGUACCAUGAAUCACCAUCGAAGGAGAUUUGUAGCUUUAAAAAUCAUGUAUUUUGGUCAAAGGUUUUAUGGUUUUUCUUCAGAAGGACAGAUGGAUCCAACUGUUGAGUCUGAGAUUUUCAAAGCUCUUGAAAGGACAAGGCUUUUAAUUGGUGACAAGAAGGAGAUACAGUAUUCUCGAUGUGGUAGAACAGACAAAGGAGUUUCUGCAGUUGGACAAGUGAUUGCUUUGUUUUUACGAUCCAAACUCAAGGACAUUGAUGCAAACAACAAAAAUUCAGGGGAAAUUGUUUCAGAAGAGCAUGAGCAUAAUGAAGGAGAAAUUGAUUAUGUGAGAGUACUGAAUCGAGUCCUUCCAAACGAUAUUCGAAUUGUAGGCUGGUGUCCUGUUCCAAAUGAUUUUAGUGCAAGGUUUAACUGUCUCAGUAGGGAGUAUAAAUAUUUCUUUUGGAUCGACAAACUCAAUCUCUUCGCUAUGGAGAGUGCAGGCAAAAAAUUUAUUGGGGAGCAUGACUUCAGAAACUUCUGUAAGAUGGAUGCGGUGAACGUGCACAACUACAGGCGGCAUAUAACCUCAUUUGAAAUUUCUCCAUGUAAAAUGAGGUUUGAAGACAAUCAACUUUGUGCUAUAAAAUUAAAAGGUAGUGCUUUCCUGUGGCACCAAGUCCGGUGUAUGGUUGCUGUGCUAUUUAUGAUUGGCCAAGGUCUUGAAUCCCCCAAUGUGAUAGAUGUAUUGCUGGAUAUUGAUAGGACACCAAGGAAACCCCAAUAUCCCAUGGCCUCAGAAAUCCCGUUGGUUCUUCAUUCCUGUGAAUUUGAAGGUCUCAAGUUUACAUGUUCAACAGAUGCUGAGCAAGCUCUGCGCACUCACUUGGAGAAUGAAUGUCAGCUAUACCAACUCCAAGCUGCUAUCUUUCAUGAGGCUCUACUCAGCUGUUUGCCUUUGUCAAAUGAUGCUGAAAUCAAUUCUGACGAAAGCUCAAGGAAUGGAUGGAAUGGAACAGACAAAAAGAGAGCCUCACAUGUUCCUCUCAUGUCAAGGCCGACUGAACCAUCUUAUGAAGAACGGCGCUCUAAACUGGAAAAUACGAAGUCAAGAGCUCGUUAACAUACGGAAAGUGUUUGUUUUCUGGAAAUUUUGCAGCAACUUUUUUAGUAUAUAUAUCAUUAUUUAAUAUUAUUUUUGUUCUUCUUGACAAGCCAUGUCAUUGGUAAUAUUGCUUUGUAAGUUGAAAAAUGAAUUCUUUUAUAGCCUAGACAAUGUUUCCAUGCA